AUGUCUUUCAUGGGUCACCAAUCCCAGAACGAGGCCGUCGGGCACUCCUUCUCUCAGCCAACAAACGCUCCAAACAAAGAACACUCUUUUUACCCGUACACUGACAACGGUGGCUCGACUUUGGGUAUUACAGGUGCUGACUUCGCUAUCCUUGCUGGAGACACUCGUUCGGUGGCAGGGUAUAAUAUCAAUUCUCGCUAUGCUCCCAAGGUUUUCAAAAUUGGUGGUGAUGAUGAUACUGGCGAGGGUGCCCAUAUUAUUCUGUCGGUCGUGGGCUUCGCUGCGGAUGGUCAAGCACUCAAAGAAAGAUUAGAUGCGGUGGUGAAGAUGUACAAGUACCAGCACGGGAAGCCUAUGUCUGUCAGAGCCUGCGCUCAGCGAUUGUCGACCAUUCUUUACCAAAAGCGUUUCUUCCCCUAUUAUGUGCAUGCUAUUCUGGCAGGUUUGGAUGAAGAGGGCAAAGGAGCGUUGUACAGUUACGAUCCGGUAGGCUCAUACGAAAGAGAACAGUGCAGAGCAGCCGGAUCCGCCGCAAGUUUGAUCAUGCCAUUCUUGGAUAACCAAGUCAACUUCAAGAACCAAUACAUCCCCGGCAGUGGGGACGGGCAUGCUCUCGAACCUAAGAAGCCUCAGCCAUUACCCAGGGAAACCGUCGAACAGCUCGUGCGUGAUGCAUUUACCAGCGCUGUAGAGCGACAUAUCGAAGUUGGAGAUGGCUUGCAAAUGAUGGUUAUUACGCAAAACGGGAUAGAAGAAAUCUACACUCCACUGAAAAAGGACUAG